AUGCACUCAGUGAAACAUGAAACAGGCUGCCAUGAGGAAAGUCUUGCAGCUAAGUCAACCCAUCAGCCUCAAUUUGCAACCAUUGAGACUUACUUAGAAAGGUGCACAGAGUUAGAGAAGGAAAAACAGGAGAAUUAUUGCAGGGAGAGCAAAACAGAGCUGCAGGAAUUUGUGAAGAGAUUUAGGGAGUUUAAAAACAUCAACAACAGCCUAGUCUUGAAGAACAAACAGUUGCUUAUUAAGAACCAGCAAAUGCGGCAAAGGAUCACAGAAGCCUUAAAACAGAAUAGACCAACUCAAUCUGAAGACCUAGAGAGAAUCACCGUGUGCUGUGAACACCACUGUCAGGAGAAGAAGCAACUAAGAGAAGCAAUUAUUCAGCUUCAAGAACAGGUAAAGCACUUAACAGAACAAGUCAUGGAAGCUCACAGAAUACAAGGCAAGACUCUACAGGAUUUAGAAAGGAUCCAUGAGGGUGUAAACCAAGAGAGGAAGGUCCUAACUCAACUACAGCAGGAAAACCAGACUCUUAGGCAGAGACUGGAGCACAACUGUUAGGUCAUAAAAGAUGCUGAGGGUAGAGCAGAGAGAGCUCAGAAGGAGCGGGCUGAACUAGAGCACUGCCUGCUCACUUUGCAGACUGAGAGGAAUCUACUGUGGCAAGAAGUAAGGAGGCUCCAUAAGGAAUAUAUCAGCCUCACUAACCACGUCUCACUGCAGCUGAAAGAGUACAAGGCUGCUAAUCUCUCAGCUGAAGUGAAUGAUAUGAGGCUUUCAGGGAAGGCCACAGAGAGCAUUGCAAUCCAACACAACAACGUUCAGCACCUUAUAGGUAACACAUGGCUAAAACAUUUUGAUUAUGAUCAUUAA